CUCAUCUCAUUCUCACACCAGUAUUUUCCACUCGUAAUGGAUGUAAUAUAGAAUUCUGCAUUCUGCACCUCUGCAAUUACAGGCUGAUCCUCUACACAACAACUAUGAACAUCUCUGAAGGAGACAUGCAGGGCUUCUAUGGCAGUGCUUCGCACCAGGAGAACAUUUCCUUUUCUAUAUUUUAUAUCCUGGUUUUCAUCAUUGCUGUGCCUGGAAAUGCCUUGGCACUGUGGGCCUUCUUUCACCAGAACUGCAACUCUCCAUCGAAAGUCUUCCUGAGGCACCUCUCAAUCACAGACAUCUCUUAUAUCCUCAUUUUACCCAUGCGUAUAGUUUACCACCUGUCUGACAGCUACUGGCCCUUUGGACAUAUCCUCUGUCAACUUGCAGGCUUCCUCUUUUAUCUAAACAUGUACUGCAGCCUCUAUUUAAUGAGUUUCAUCAGUCUGGAUAGAUUCCUGGCUGUGGUUCUACCUAUAAGAUCACUGUCAGUUAGAAAGGCUAUGUAUGCAAAGAUAGUUGUUGGCAUACUUUGGGUGAUAAUUAUUGUGUCUGUGAGUCCAAUACUUUUCUCUAAAAAGAAUGUGACCAACAACUCAUCUGGCAUCUGCAACAAGCUGUACUUAGAAAAACCAUCUCCCACAGCCUGGGUUUCCACUGUUGUGGCAUUUGUUAUUCCCCUCACCACUAUAGUGGUUUCCUACAUACUGAUUCUGUUGAAAUUAAGGUCAGUGAAGCAACAGGUUGAAAGACCAGUGAAAGAUAAAGCGAUGAAAAUGAUCAUUCUCAUUGUGAUGAACUUUCUGUUUGCGUUUGUACCCUACCAUGUGAGCCGGGUAAUCUACAUCAAAAGUCACAGUUAUGGCCAUAUGACUGAAGCAAGCUGGGAGUCGCUGGGAAGAGCCAAUCGGGUCACAUCUGCACUGAUGUGUGUUAGUGGUGUACUGGAUCCUGUGAUGUAUUUCUUCCUGAACUAUGCCUACAGGAAAAAAUUGAUUCAGAUGUUCUGUAAAAACAGGGAAGAUGAUCAAGAAGCACCAAAUAUUAUGUAA